UGAUGGGGUAGUGUAGGGAUGUGGUGAUGGUGGUUGGGCAGCCGGGCAGGGAGGCAGGGUGUUGCGGGGAGUGGCGGCCUGCUGCGGCCCGCUGUGGUGGUGGUCUGCGACUUAACCGGUGGGGCGUUCAUUUCAGUGACUAAUUCAGCAAUAUUUUUGCAGAGGGAGACAGUGGCAGUGUCGUUGGAAAAAUCACCGGAAAAAGUCAUCGGAGAAUUUUCCGGCCUUCACAGCAACACAUUUCCGGCGACAAUGACACGAGUGAUGGCUACAGUGACACGGGCGGUGGCUACAGUGACACGGGAGGUGGCAACAGUGACACGGGCGGUGGCUACAGUGACAUGGGCGGUGGUUACAGUGACAUGGACGGUGGCUACAGUGACACGGGUGGUGGUUGUAGUGACACGGGCGGUGGCUAGAGUGACACAGGCGGUGGUUGUAGUGACAUGGGUGGUGGCUAUAGUUACAAAAAAACGAACACGAAGUGACAUAAACUUUUUGCAGUUACAUCAUGUUUUCUAAUUGCACAUAUAUGACCUUCUUGAUCACUUUUUUGUCCCUUUUUAAAAGUGGUCACUUUUUGGGUAAUUGAUUUAAAAUUAGUAAUAUCCUAGUAAAAAUCCCUAAAAACAUCCUAAAAGCUAACGGUAAUUAAUACGAGCACUACGUAUUUUCUUAAAAAAAAAAAAAUUGCCUAGCCUAAUUUGUGUCCUGGCAAGUCUUCACACCAUCCGAACAAAUUUUCCCCCAAAAUAUUUGCCGCCUUCAUUUUUCACCAUUCCCGCCGCAAAGCAGUUUUAACUUUUAAGUUAACCGGCGAAACCCUAAUUCCUUUCGAGUGUAGGCAUCUCAAUCGGCCAACCUAAAUUUUUGCCGCCUAUCAUUCAUAUCCAUCGUCCUGUAGCAGAGGGCGAAUAGAGCAGCCGACAAGUCUAGCUUAUUUCUCAGCGCGGAGACAACUGUUCCUCAAGCUAGGCGAGUGGGUCUCGUCUUCAUCUUUUCUGUCCGUAUUUCAUCAAUGGGUAAUUAUUAAUCUUAAUUCAUCUCCAAUUCAGUGUGAAAUCCUCUAUAUAGUGAUUUUCUUUUUACAGAAAUCAAACUUUUGAAACCUUUGACCUUGGUCAUCUGAUUUCAUGUGGGAUCUGGUAUGUCUUCUCUUCUAAUUUUUGAUUUUUAAUAAAUUAUCAUUACAAUUGUUAAAGCUAUAAAUUUCUAUAUUACUGUAAAUGAAUGUGUUCAAGAAUUGUGAGUCAUUUUGUUAUGUUUCGGUAAACAGUCAAACAUUUAUUCAGGUUAGUGUGUGUAUCUCACAGGGAGUCACAGCCCCUUGUUUCAACUCAAUUGUGGAUUGUAACUUUAUGUCCACAAAUUAUCAUUUGACUAUUGACUUUUAUGGUUUUGUGCUUUUUGGUAUUUGCAUAAGCAUUGAUAUUUACCUGUCUCAUUGCAUAAUUUUGUAUAGGUGUUGGUUCCACAGUUGGUGCUGGUGUGUAUAUUAUAGUUGGGUGUUUGGGACUGUUGCCAGAGAGCAGACAAGCCCAUCACUCACCCUUUCCUUUUUUAUUGCUGGGAUAGCGGCAUCACUUUCUGCCUUCUGCUACGCUGAGCUUGCAAGUCAUUGUCCUUCUGCAGGGAGUGCCCAUCACUAUUCUUACAUAUGCAUUGGAGUAGGUUAAUGCAUAAAGUUUCAUAUUUUAUGCUCUAAUAAUCUGAGAUAUGUGCAGUAACUGUGGGUAUAGCCUCAUGUAGGUUCCAGCGGAAAACCCUUAUAACUUCUCUAGGUAUGCUGCGUGUUCUAAUGCGGUUUUAUCUCAAUGUUGCUUGGUUGAUUGGAUGGGUGAUGAUAUUGGAAUACACCAUUUCAGGGUCUGCAGUAGCAUGCAACAUAUCUCCAAAUCUGGUUCUUUUCUUAGUUCUGGGUCUUCUUACUCUUUAGUGCUUAUGUUUUUCGUUGCUUCCAGUGCUUCAUUACAAAGCUCUGGAAUCUGCUUAUGCAAAUUACAAUCUACCCCGGUAUUUCACUUUUAGGAUGUGCUGGCUCACCGUUAUUCCCGAUUAAUCUGCCAUAUUAGUAAGUUUAUGUAUUUAGUCUCCAAAAGUUUGAAUGUAAAUAGUGUUUCUUUGUAGGACCAUCAUAUUCCAAGUGCUGAAUUGUCUUCAGUUUUUCACUUACCAGCAUUUCAAAUUUACUACCAAACUAGUGUUUGUUCCAAAUGUUAAGAGCUUUUCUUGUUCUGGCCGAUCAAGUAUGUAGGCAAAUUCUGAUUUAGAGCUUCUGUACGUCUAAUAGCACAUAUGCACAGUGAUAUUACGAAAUACUGCUAGUUGGUGUAAAAUACUAAGAGCCCUUUUUCUUUUCCAAAAGUUCAUAUCAUUAAGCUACUUCUUUGCUAGAUGGAUAUUUUUUGGCAGGUUGUGAUUGAAUCGCUUUAAAUGUCAUUUGUAAAAACUCUAACCGAUCUAAAUACUUGGGAAGGCAUCUUGGCAUUGUUUGCUUCUUUAUCUGAGCCAAGGUUUCCAGGUUGAAGAACAGUUUUUGUUCAUAUAGGAAUUUCUUGACGCUGAUGAAAUAUUCUGUACUGGUACAAGUAUGAGUUUCUUCCCCAUUGGUAGCGUAAACUAUUUAGGAAAAUGGUGAGUCUUCUUAUGCCAAUACCUUUCUUUCGGCAAGUGAUAUAUUGAAUUACAAUGGCCAUUUAAUCGGAACAUUUGUAUAUUGGACUUUUUUAUUCUAGCUAUCCCAAGUUAAUAGAAGCAUUUAAAAAUAGUGAGCCUUAUUAUGUGAUAGAAUUGAUCAAUUCUGUAACAAUUCACCAAGAAAGAUCAAGAAAGUAAUCUGUAGUUUUAUUAUUAAGAGAGAGAAUAUGAACAAUUACAAAGACCGUAGUCCCCAAAAUAUUUACUUUCUAAUACUAAUACUACAGCUUUAUUUACUCCUUCGAACAUAUACUCCGCCAAAAUACAUAUCCCCUGAGUUCUGAAUAUUUGAGCUCCUAUCAUUAUCCCAAAUUUGUUUCGCUCUAUAUGCCAUGACUGACAAUGACUCUUCCCUUCUUAUAUCUUGUUUUUUUUGAAAAAAACUGGAAUGCCUUGAAUUCCAGAUUGACAAUAUCAGGUCAUUUAGUUAGAACUUCUUUUGUUUUAAUGUAGCAGCUCUGUUGACGCCUAAUAUGAUGUUUAUUCAGCUAGUGCACUUGCAUUUUGAUCAAAUGUUUGGCUUUUUUUCCUUUUUGUCUGGAUUUCUGUUACAUAGUAAAAGGUGAAGUCAGCUCCAAAUUGUACACAACAUUAAGUUGAACUGGUUCAAAGUGUGCUAAUGUUUAUGCAGUUGUAUUUCACAAACUUUCUGAACAUUAUGAGAUGUAUAUGUUCUCAACUAAUAACUAGUGAGAUAUCUCAUUACUUGAUUUCAUUCCUUCUUAUUUUUAAUUACAAAGACUAAUUUAUUGCUUAUAAUAUUUCAGACAGAUGAAGAUAGCAAAAUGCAGACAGAAGAAGAUAAAUGAUUAUACUUUAUGAAGAUGGCGAAAUGCAGGCAGAAGAAUAUAAUUGAUUAUACUUGAUUCUAUUUUUUGUUCUGUCGUAGUGGUUAGUAGACGAUAGAAUAGGACGGACUUCAUACUAAGAUUUGUUGGUUAAUUGUGAAUCUGUAUUGAUGGAAAUAGUCAUAUAAAGUUACAGAUGUAUUUUAGUUAUUGAAUGAUUAAAUAUUAUUUUUAUUGAAGUGAUAUAAAUCUAGUAUUAUUUCAUUUGUGUC